CUCCCUGUCCGGGCCUUGUCGCUCAGUACAGGGGCGGGGCCAGUCGGCUGACCCCUCACUCCCUGCCCAUCUGCGGUCUCCAGGCCCUUCCGGGAUCCCCGCCCCUGGGCUUUCAGGGAUCCCGGAGGGAGCCGGCCUGAGCUCUCCGCCCCCAGCCCCUAACCCCGUUGGACCGAGCGGACCAAACCCCCCCAUUUCCGUGAAGGGGCAGGGGCGGGGUCAUGAAGUGGGCCCUUUGCCCGGGGGCGGAGCUUUUCCUGAGGGGGCAAGGCCAAGGCAUCCCGAAUUGGGGCUGGUGGAAGGUUAUUAAAGCUGGGGUGGGAGGAUGCGCAGGGUAUUGGGGUCAGAGAGGCAUUAGCCCAGCUCAAGCCGGGCUGAGCUGACUCAGCAUCCUGUCCGCCCCCCCUUGCCAACCCCCCCCCCAACCCCAUCUCCGACGGCUCUGUACUCCCUCGGGCAGCGAUGGGAGAUGGCGCCGGUGUUGCCCCUGGGGCUGCCCCUCCAGUCCCGCAUCCGACUGGCUCAAGGGCUCUGGCUCCUCUCCUGGUUGUUGGCACUGGCCGGUGGCCUCACCCUCCUCUGUAGCAGCCACCUCCUUGUCCAGCUGCAGUACCUUGGAACCUUCCUGGCUCCCUCCUGCCCAUUCUCUGCCUUGCCCCAGGUUGCCCUGGUAGCGGGUGCAGUGGCUCUGGGCACAGGACUAGGGGGUGCAGGAGCCAGCAGGGCAAGUCUGGAUGCAGCUCGAUACCCUCCCUGGCGAGGGGUCCUGGGCCCGUUGCUGGCGGCUGGCACUGUCGGAGGCGGGGGACUCCUGGUCUUUGCCCUGGGGCUAGCUCUGGGUUUGCCUAUGAGUCUGGAUGAGGGGCUGGAGGAGGGUCUGGGGACUGCCUUGACUCGCUACAAGGACACAGAGGUACCUGGGCACUGUCAUGCCAAGCUGCUGAUGGAUGAACUGCAGCUGAGGCACCACUGCUGCGGGCGCCAUGGCUACAAGGAUUGGUUUGGAGUCCAGUGGGUUAGCAACCGUUACCUGGACCCCAGUGACCAGGACGUGGUUAAUCGAAUCCAGAGUAAUGUGGAAGGCCUGUACCUGACAGAUGGGGUUCCCUUUUCCUGCUGCAACCCCCACUCCCCCCGGCCUUGCCUGCAAAGCCAACUCUCAGACCCCUAUGCCCACCCUCUCUUCGAUCCCCGACAGCCCAACCUAAACCUCUGGGCCCAAGGGUGUCACCAGGUGUUGCUGGGCCACCUGCAGAGCUUGGCAAGCACAUUGGGAAGCAUGCUGGCUGUCACCUUCUUGCUGCAGGCUCUGGUGCUCCUCGGCCUGCGGUACCUGCAGACAGCACUGGAGGGGCUUGGAGGGGUCAUCAAUGCAGAAGAAGAGACCCAGGGCUAUCUGUUUCCUGGUGGGCUGAAAACAGCAUGGCUACAGGGAGGGGUUGCCCACAGAGCAGCGCCUGAGAAAACCCCACCAGAAGUACCUCCCAAGGAGUUGGGAUAGGGGUUGGGGAAGGGGAAGAGGGACAGAUAGAUGGACAAGUGUGGAAAACUCACAACUCCUUACCAGGGCUUCAGGUAGGGUCCUGGAAUAAGAGGUGUUAAGUAUAGUAAGCAAGCUAGAGUGGGGUGAGGGAGAAAACCAGGAGUCCUAGGGCCUAGCCCUUGAAGCAAGAAUCACCAGCCAUCAGAAAAGAACAGGAUGACAGGAAAGUGACACAGGAAGACUGGAGACUGCUUUGGAUAUAUAGAUUUAAUAAAGCUUUUGGAUGGAAGCCA